AUGUUUCAUCUCUGGAACCUUCUUUGCUUCUGCGGCCUGCUCACUGGCACCUCGGCAGCUCUUCUUCCUGAUUUGGGCAGUGUCCUGAGCAACACGGUGGACAAGGUCACUUCCGUCGUCCAGGAUGGGCUUGUUGGGACUGUUGAAAAUACAGUUCAAGAUGUCCUUGAGAAACUGAAGGUAGACUUGGGGCCACUUCAGGAUUCCAGUGUUUUUCAACAGGUCCAGUCUAAGAUCCUGGGAGCUGAGAGCUUGCUGGCUGAUAUUAUUUCUAAUAUUCAAUCUUCAGAUGGUCUUCUGGGGGUGAAAAUUACCAAUUCUGCCAUUUUGGAUGUCAAAGUUGAACCGGCAGCUGAUGGCCUAAGCACCAAUGUGAGGACCCCGAUCACCACUAAUGUCAGUGUGUCUCUGCCUCUCGUGGGGCAAGUGAUCAACUUGUCUGUGUACUUGGACCUGCUGGCUGGACUCAGCGUUACAACCGAUCCCCAGACUGGCCUCCUCUCUGUGGCUGUGGGAGAAUGCGCCACUGACCCAGCCAGCAUCUCACUGUCUGUGCUGGACAGUAAUAUCGAACUGAUCAACAAGGUUUUGCAAUCUGUGAGUGGCACCGUGAGUAACAUCGCAUCCGUCCUGGUACAGCAGCAAAUAUGCCCACUGCUCAGAAUCCUACUGAGUGGCCUGCAAGUCAAGUCUCUUUCAGACAUCACCUGUGAGUCACAGGGGAAAUGGAUUGACCUGCUGUGGGAAGGUGGCUUUUGGGGUCGGAUCCCUUCAGAGCAGUGA